AUGAAAUUCAUUAUUGUUGUGUUAUUUGCUUUGGCAGCAACAACUUAUGGUUCAAAAACACAAGAUUAAAUCCUUGCCUUAUUAUAGACAGGAACAAAAGCAAGUGAUGCUAUUGAUACAGUUUUUGGGUUACUCAAUGAUUUGAAACAAUCGAAUAUUGAUGCUUAAUUUGCUGCAGAUCAAAAGAAUGAAACAGAUGAAUGGGUUGGCGCUUAGACAAUUGAAUAAUUCACAAAGAUCAAAAGUCUUAAUCAAAAACUCUUCAAUCAAGCCAUCGAGAAUAGAGCUAACUAUGAAGAGGUGCUUAAAUAAACUAAAAAUUAUUUGGCUUGGAAUGAAGCAAGAAGAGAUGAAAUUGCAAGAAAGAUUGACGCUCUUUAAGAUAAUCAAUGCUUUAGCAAUUAACUCUUUGUUAAAUCAAUCAAGCAUAACUAAGAAGCCCUUGAAGUUAUCAGACUUUUGAAAUAAGACGUUGCUGGUUACAUCAUUAAUGGUGACUCUUUUGAAUUCACAUAAGUUAAAGCAUAAUCUGUGGCUGAAAAAUUAAAAUAAUACAGUAAUCUAUUCUAAGAUCACUAAAUCAAAUCAUUUUUGGCUUUGGCUAACUCAUAAGAAGAAACAGCAUCAACUGGAGGAUAAACUUUAGCUGAAAAGGUAUUGGCAGUCCUCGAAGGAUUAGAAGCUGAAUUGUCUGCAUCAUUAGAGAACUUGAAAUAAAAUGAAAUUAAUGCCUCAUGGGAAUUAGCUGGUUGGGUCUCAUUGUCAGAAGCUGAAAUCUCAUCAUUGGAAGUUGAAUAUGAAAGAAAAUAAGUGUUUGCUGACAGAACUGCUACUUAAAUUUAAGCUGCUUUGGCUUAAUAAGCUAAAUCAAAGAUUAUCUUACAAGAAUCACAAGAUGCCCUCGAUUAAGCUCAAGCUGAUUUAGAAUCAAAGAGAGCAGAUUAUGCUGAGGCCAAAGCAAAGAGAUAAGAAGAAAAUGCUAUCCUUGAUGAAGUAAUCAUAAUGUUCAAGAAAUAAGUUGCUUCUUGGUCUGGAAGAUGAAUUUGAUUAUCUUAUCAUUUAUUAAUAAAAUUAAUAAUACAUGCCCUCUUUCUA